CAAAGGCUCAAACGUGAGGGUAGGGCUGGUAAUUCCCCGAGCUGCCAAAACCCUCUCCGAGAUCGCAGCAUCAUCCACCCUCCGGUCCUCGAGAGCCCAAUCUAAUCAAUCCAUUCCACGCGCGCGACCGAGCUCGCCUCCCAUGUCGACGCUCCUGCGCGCCUCCCCCUUCCUCCUCCUCACCCCUCGCCUCGCUCGCCUCGCCCUCGUCCUCCCCAAACCCUACCGAAUCUUCUCUUCCCCUUCCAGAACUUUCUCCUCCGCCGCCGCCGCCGCCUCUUCUUCUUCUUCCUCAUCUCCGGUCUCUGCUCCUCCGCCGUCGUCGCCGCCGCCGCCGCCGCCUCUCGAAACCCUAACUUCCGACGCAAAGCCCGAGCAGCAAGGGCUCAAAUCACCGCUGCAAUGGAUCGCCCGAACGGCCUUCUGCGGCGAGCUAGGCGCCGGCGACGUCGGCCGCCGCGUCUGCCUCUGCGGGUGGGUCGCUCUCCACCGCGUCCACGGCGGGCUCACCUUCCUUAACCUUAGGGACAAGUCCGGGAUCGUCCAGAUUACGACGCUUCCUGACGAGUAUCCGGAUGCGCACUCCGUUGUGAACAAGCUGAGGGUGGAGUACGUGGUUGCGGUGGAGGGGGUCGUGAGGUCUCGGCCGAGUGAGAGUGUAAACCCGAAAAUGAAGACUGGGGCUGUGGAGGUUGCUGCAGAGCAUGUUAUAGUGUUGAAUUCUGUAAAUUGUCCACUGCCCUUUCCUGUUACAACAGCAGAAGAUGUCAAAGACAUCAUAACAGAAGAGAUUCGUUUGAGAUUUCGAGUACUUGACCUGCGGCGGCAGCAGAUGCAAUCAAAUCUAAGGCUGCGUCAUAGGGUGGUUAAGCUCAUACGGCGGUACUUAGAGGAUAAAUAUGAUUUUGUGGAGAUUGAGACUCCAAUAUUAUCUAGAUCGACACCGGAAGGCGCUCGCGACUAUCUUGUGCCGUCACGAGUUCAGCCAGGAACAUUUUAUGCUUUACCUCAAAGCCCGCAAUUGUUCAAGCAAAUGUUGAUGGUCUCUGGAUUUGAGAAAUAUUAUCAGAUUGCAAGGUGCUUUCGAGAUGAAGAUUUGAGAGCCGAUAGGCAGCCAGAGUUUACACAAUUGGAUAUGGAAUUGGCUUUUACACCAUUGGAAGACAUGCUGAGACUUAAUGAGGACUUAAUGAGACAUAUCUUUCAAGAGAUAAUAGGCGUUGAGCUUCCCAAUCCCUUUCCGAGGCUCACUUAUGCUGAAGCAAUGGAUCGUUAUGGAACAGAUAGGCCAGAUCUUCGAUUUGAUUUAGAAUUGAAAGAUGUCAGUGAUAUUUUUCGUAGAUGCAGCUUCAAGGUUUUUGCUGAUUCAUUAGAAAAAGGUGGAAUAAUUAAAGCCUUAUGCGUGUCUUCUGGUGCCCAAAGAUUUUCAAACACUGCCCUGAAGAAGGGCGACAUAUACAAUGAAGCAAUUAAAGCUGGAGCUAAGGGUUUGCCUUUUCUAAAGGUGUUGGAUAAUGGGGAGCUCGAGGGCAUUCCAUCUCUGAUUUCGAGUCUGGAACCUGGAAAGAAAGAGCAACUGCUGAAGCUUCUCGCUGCUAAUUCUGGCGACCUUAUAUUAUUUGCACUAGGUCAUCAUGCAACGGUUAACAAAGCUCUUGAUAGACUCAGAUUAUUUAUUGCCCAUGAAUUGGGGUUGAUAAACCAUUCAUCGCAUUCAAUUCUCUGGGUGACUGACUUCCCAAUGUUUGAAUGGAAUGAUUCUGAGCAGCGAUACGAGGCCCUUCACCAUCCUUUUACCGCACCAAAUCCUGAAGACUUGAAUGACCUCGCUUCAGCUCGUGCUUUGGCUUAUGAUAUGAUCUACAAUGGUGUUGAGAUUGGUGGAGGGAGUUUGAGAAUUUAUAAGCGUGCGGUACAAGAAAAGAUUUUGGAAAUUGUUGGCAUCUCCCCUAAGCAGGCUGAAGAGAAAUUUGGCUAUCUUUUGGAGUGUUUUGAUAUGGGAGCUCCUCCUCAUGGUGGAAUUGCCUAUGGCUUGGAUCGGCUUGUGAUGCUUUUGGCGGGUGCGAAUUCAAUCCGAGAUGUGAUAGCAUUUCCAAAAACCACAACUGCUCAAUGCGCCCUAACCAAGGCUCCGUCUCCGGUUGACUCUCACCAAUUGAAGGAACUUUCUUUCCCCACUUCGUCAAGCCUUUCACAAUAAGGAAUAUUUCAUGUAAGAUUUUACAGGGGUAUCUUCAUAUGAAAACAUAUCUUAGUGCGUGUUUGGCCCCGGCUUUCGCGGCUGAGCUCUAUUGCACUGAAGUGCAAGUGAGCGCAACCACUGUACUCUGAUGUAGCAACAGAAAUUGCGGCUUGGAGCAGCACAGAGUCCAUUUGAGGUGAGACCCAUACUCCAAUACUCCAAUAAUGGAUGCAUCUCAAGAUUGUUGUUACUAUAUUGUCCAAUUUUGGAAAGGUAGGUGAAUAGUUCGCAAAUUUUUUAUUGUCCAAAUUUUUCUCCGAGUUAUUGUCACCAUGGUUUUUUCUUUUUUCUUC